GCCGCAAUCACAAAAAACCUAGUACCAUCUGUUUGUGAAAAUGCCUCAAAGAAGCUCGAAAGAUCAAGAAAAACCAACACCUACUCUCAGAAGAUCUCCGCGGCUUAAUGCCGCUGCUGCUGCUACCGAAGUCCUCAAGAAACAGAUUGAAGUUUCAAAAAGCCCCACAAAAUCGACUACCAGGUUGCGAAGAUCUUCAAGAUUGAGUAUUGGAACUCCGCGGAACAAUGGUGAGGUUAAGAAUUCAGAGAGAAGGGUAACUCGAGGUUCUGCUCGAGUUUGUGUUGCCAUUGACGAUUCAGUUGAGAAAAGAAAUGGGGUUGUUACUAGAAGUGGAAAAGCUCGUGUUUCUGGAUGUACAUUAGGUGGUAGGAUUGAGAGACCUGUCCCGUCAUCUGAAGUAGUUGGAUGUGGGGAGGAUGACGACAAUGGCGGCGUGGGAAAGAAACAGGCAGGCUUGAAGAGGAAGAGAACCCAAGGAAUGGAGGAGAAUAAUGUUGUUGUUAAUGGGUGGACCAAUGAACAAGAGCUGGCGUUGCAAAGUGCUUAUUUUGCGGCGAAGGCAACACCUAACUUCUGGAAGAAAGUUGCUAAGAUGGUACCUGGGAAAUCAGCAAAGGAUUGUUUUGACAAGAUAAAUUCGGAUUUUAUAACCCCACCUCAGCCUCAACCACGUUCAAGGGUUAAAAAGAUGAAUACAUUAUCGCUUUCUCCGUGUGCAACUAAAUUGCUUCAGUCCACUGAGAAAAACACAAACAAGCGGAGACAUAGCAAGCCGAAGAACCAUCUCUCACGCAAGGCUGUGAGACAACUACUGGAAAAGCAAACAGAUGCAGAUCGAGAUAAGGGAGCAGACUUCUUCAAUGCUCUUGAAUCAUCAACAAAUCCAACUGAUGGGGCAUUUUGCCAGGACACAAUUUUUGUCACCCCAGAGCGCAACAAAGAAAGUUUGCUUAGAAAGUGCCUGGAGAGAUCGUCUUUAACCCAGAAAAAACACCGUUCCCGAUUAAGUGAUUCAUCUGGAGCAACUCUUACCAGCCCACCAGUUCUAAAGCCAAUUAAGAAUAAGGCCCUACAUGAGAGGUAUGUUGAUCAGCUACAUUGCAGGGAAGCAAAGAGAAAGGCAGCCACUUCAAAGACAGCAAAGGGCAACCAAAACAAGAAUGAGAAUGUCAUAAAGCCGGAUGUGAUUAAAGCUGCGAAAAAUGCUUUAAUAUCUGAAGCAAGAGAUGCAAUCAACCAAUUUCAAAAUUUACAGACACGCGCCAUGAACAGUUUCAAUGAUGAUGACGAUGAUGAUUACUAUGAUGAGAACCAUAAUUCAGACGAUGACGAGGAUGCCAGAUAAAAUGUGGAGGACAUUGGCUUUUCGCCCCGUGAUGCUAAAAGCCACAUU